UUCAUAUAUAAAAUUAAUGCACGAAAUUAUGAAUCCAUAUAUUAGGGGACAACAGUCGGAACCGACGGAUAAUGGAUGGAAAGGGAAGGAUAACCGUUGAGACGAGUUCUUCGAUAUUCAAGUUUUUGAAUGCUGUCGGACUUAACACAGCGUUUGUCUGCAGAGACAACAACUCCGACAACUCGUUUGUGGCCAAACACUGCCUUAUGGUUCCCAUUGAGCUCGUAGUCAGACGUAUAGCUACGGGCACUUUCCUGGCUUUAAAUCCGGAUAUCCCUGAAGGCCAUCGAUUUGAUUCACCGGUUGUGGAGAUCCACAUUAAAGACGACGCCAAUCACGACCCGUUGUGGUCUAUUGAGACACUCGUUAAGCAAAAAUUCAUAAUCAAUGGCCUAUUGGUUGAUGAGGUAGUGGUCGACAAGAUAUUGAAAUUAGCGAAAUUGGUUUAUGAGAUACUGGAAAGAGUUUGGCAUUCAAUCAACUAUCAAUUGGUUGACGUGAAGGUAGAGUUUGGUGUAAUUUGUGACGAGAACCACAAUAAGACUCUAGUGUUGGCCGACAUUAUCGACAACGAGACGUGGAGGUUAUGGCCGUUUGGCGACAAGAAACAGAUGGUCGAUAAGCAGAUCUACAGAGUGUACAAAGAGGGCGAAGUGGACGAUCAGAUUAUAGAUCACGUGAGAAAUGUGUUUCAAAACGUCUCAAAUUUGACGCAAAAGUUAUUUGGUUUACAAAAACAUAAAUUAGAAUUUCUCACAAAAGAGUCAAUUAUUGUAUUGACUGGAAGUGAGAGUUGUAUUCCUUUGGCCAACAAUUUUGUCAAACAAUUGGAGACUGAAUUCAGUAUAACUGACGCUAAAAUCAUAGGAAUCACAGAAUAUGAUAAUUCGUCAAAAGAUUUACAGAAACUAAUCGAUAGGAUUAGCCAAAGCUAUUGUCAGGCCGUUGUGACUAUUGGUGUGCAAAAACCUCUAAUAUCAACAAAAAUAGCGAUUCCAGUGAUUGAAUACUGCGAUAAUAAACACAUUAACGGCUUCGUUAACCAGCACUCGGAGGACAACACAACCGUAUUAACUGUGGCCAAAAUUUUGGCCCUCAAUAACCCGCUUAUUUGGGCCAAACUGAAAGCUCAAAUGUGUUGCAAAACUCUCUUA